UAUACCGGUGACGGGUAUCUGCGAUCGCAUUGCAGACGAGACGGGAAGAAGGAUGAUGGCGGCGGGACUGACGAAUACUGCCAUCGCCGGCGAUUUCGAGGUGAGGGAGAGGCUCGCGUCGGUUUUGUGGCGGGCGGUGCACCGGAAAAGCGGCCGAGAGGUGGUGGUGAAGCAGGUGAACCUCUCGGGGCUCAGCCGGCAACUGAGGGACUGCCUCGACUGUGAGCUCAACUUCCUGGCCAGCGUCAGGCACCCCAAUAUCAUCCGCCUACUCGAUGUGAUCCAGGAUGAUGGAUGCAUAUUCCUUAUCUUCGAAUUCUGCCCAGGUGGAAAUUUAGCCACUUUCAUUCAACACACUGGCCAUCUCAACGAAGAUACAGUCAGAAAAUUCAUGAGACAGCUAGGAGCUGGUAUGGAGAAUAUACUGCUCUCUGCUCCCAGCUGCGAUGCAGUGCUAAAGAUAGCUGAUUUUGGCUUUGCAAGAGUUGUUCAUCCUGGUCAGCACAUUGACAUGGUUUGCGGAACAUCUUUCUACAUGGCUCCGGAAGUAAUGCAGUUCCAGAAGUAUGAUGAUAAGGUAGAUAUGUGGAGUCUUGGCGCAAUUCUUUUUGAGCUUCUGAAUGGGCAUCCACCAUAUUGUGGCCGAAACAAUGUUCAGCUUCUACAGAAUAUAAGGAAGAGUUCUUCGCUGCCAUUUUCGCAGUCCAUUCUCUCUAGCUUUCAUGCUGACUCCCUUGACCUAUGCACUAGGCUCUUGUGUGAAGAUCCAGUAAAACGCAUGUCCUUUGAUGAGUUUUAUCACCACAGAUUCUUGAGAUGAUGGGGAAGUUUGCAAACCUCACUUGAUAACAUGUUUCUGACUUGUAAAAUAAUGUUGUAGAGCCAACAGGUCAUUCUGUCUUUUGGGCUAUUAUGUCAUUCCAGUUAAUGGUUUGGAUCUUUCACUAUCUUUUAGAUCACUCAGACAAGAAUUUGAUACCAGCAGCAAUCCUGAAGACAUUGGUCACUGCACGUCUUGCUACAGGUUGCUGCUGUAUAGCCUGUGACUGGUUUUGCCGCAGAUUGCCUCACCAAUUUCAUCCCCAAAUGCUGUUAUCCACAGUGAAGAGUUUCUACUGAUGCUACUGGCUCCUACUGUGCAAUCGAUGGAGUGAAAGGAUGAACUGAGCAUGCGGAGAGUUCGUUCUUUGUUGAAUGUCUUAUACAAGAUAGGGUGAAACAUGAAUUCUAUCCUCGCCAAAAGAUGAGUUGCCUUCAGUAGUUGCUUUUAUCCUCUGGUAUAACUGGAAUGCUAUGGGUAACACUUAACUGUUACACAGGCCCCAAGGCCUGAACGCAUUGUUCUUCACUAGCUGUUUUUGAAGUUUAAAUCAUUGUAAUUUAGCUCUUA